UUCUCCGGGAGGAUUUCAGGGAUUUGGGACCAAACGAAACCGUUUUCCAUCAUUUCGCUGCUGGUAAUCGUAAUGGGCAUAGAGGUCUGCGAAAGUUAGUUCUGCAACGUUGACGUGAAUGAUUGGACGCUCAGUGAGAAGACGCGCGCGCGUAGUUUAUCGAAACUUUUCGGCCUACCUGAUUAGUGAUUGUGUGAUCGCGGAUCUGUUUGUGUGAAUGGGCAGACGCAUACUUAAUGGUGUGAAGUGUUGUGAUUAAUUAAGCGUUAAUCGAUGGUGAAGUUUGUGUGUCGGUGCUUCUUUGGACAGGGAUUAUUACCUGAAAGUGGAAAAUGUCUGUGUGUUCCAGUUCGCCAAAAUUAAUUCUGGAUAUCAGCAAUAAUCAAUUUGACAAUUGUCAGCAACAAAACAGUGUUUGUGAGAACCUUGAGCGUUCUCCCAUAAUGAUCAAGGUGGAGUCUUUCGAUGGUUUGGAUAGUUCCGGUAUGAAUCAGCACCACAGUAUGGGACAGUACUCGCAUCAUCAUCUGAAUUCGAUGCAUGCAAGUGGGGAUUUCACCACACUGAUGCCUCCUAAUUCCUCGGGACCAUCGACAAUUUACGUCUAUCAAUCACCAUCGGUUGUGGCGACUCAUGUCGUUCCGGUGGUUGAAUGCACAAACGUUCCUCGUAGCGACAUUAUGGCGACUACUUUUAGUACGCCUGUGGUUUGUAAGAAACGGAAGCUAGACGCCGACUAUGACUACGAAUUCGAUCAAUCAUCGCUAAGUCCCAUGAACUCCAGCCACGAUAAACGAAGCCGAUACAAUGGCACAGCUUACGGUUAUCAUCCCCCGCCGGAACAGGAUUACAGCAACUAUGCCGUCGUACCGGAGCUGGCAAAUAUGGACGAAGAUUCAUCUUCCGCCAAAAUGAUUCAUAACGGAUCGAUGGCUUACUCGGAUCCGAUUCACUACGGGAUUUACUACAACAACAACGAUACGCCCUGCAGUAUGGAAAACGAUGGCUCGUCCAUCUCGGUGACCUCUUCGCCGGUCAAACCCGGCGAUACCUUGAAUCACUCAUCUUCACAAUCCUCCUGCAUGAUCACAGCUGCAUCGUCGCUGCCCUGCGGCAGCGCAUCGCCAUCGUCUUCCAUCGCAACGACCGCUACCUCAACCUCACAUCCGGAAGUGGAUCCGAUUGACCAGAAGCCGCACAUCCUCAAAACCAACGGCAAGAAACCCCGCAGCAAUCGGAUCCGCAAGCGACACGUCCGGGAAUCGAUCAGCUUCGAGGAGCUGCAAACCCAGCGGGUAAUGGCCAACGUUCGAGAACGCCAGCGAACCCAAAGCCUGAACGAGGCGUUCGCCUCGCUACGGAAAAUCAUUCCAACCCUGCCCAGCGACAAACUGAGCAAAAUCCAGACGCUCAAACUGGCCUCAAGGUACAUCGACUUCCUGUACCGAGUCCUAUCGAACAACGAACUGCCACCGAUGGAUGAGGCGCAGAAAACUCUGCUCAGCUCUGGCACCGGAGGUUUGCAGUUCAACGGGAGUGGCAUUUUGGCGCACGAGAAGCUUAGCUACCUGUUCAGCGUGUGGCGCAUGGAGGGUGACUGGAGCAAUGGCAGUAGUUCCGGAAAUAGCAGCGGUAAGGAGUGACGACUUCGGUAGUUACUCAUUCUCCCUGUAAAGGAGAAAAGAACAAACAUUGAAAGUAUUACCCAGGACUAAACAGUUACGUUCCUACAAAGCGGUGAGAAGAUGUGUGUAAACGAUGAGAAAAUAAUGUUGUCAACAGCUUCGUCCAAAGAAAUGUGGAAUACAUGUUAGAGGUUCUGUUUAAGCUAACUACGAAAACUAUUCCAGAAAUUACAAAUGUAUAAGUAUAAGUAUAUGUAAGCGCUAAAAGCCAAGAAUGCAUAAUGUGUUGUUAUAAACUACAAAAUAAAGAAUCGUUCGUUUUGACUAGGUCACAAAUGGACUGAUGAUUUGCGAUCGAAUAUCGAAUUUCAUAACUAUAUGGUACAUUAGGUAUGGCCGCUUUAGUGGAGACUCUAAACAUGGGUCAUAGCAAAUCUCCAUUCGUAUGCAUUUCCAUUUAACGUAUGCCGUUCAUUUUUCUUUUCAUUUAUUUUUUUUAUUUUCUCGAAACAAAUGUUAAAAUUCAAAUAAGUUGUAAGUGUCUUAAAAGUGACCUAAGACUGUUUCGUCGUGCCAUGUGAAGUUUUGGAGAAAGUCCAACGAAUAAAAUGUAGAUAAACCGAAGUAAAGUGCCCAAAUUUGU